AUGCCCUUGCGGGCGCUGCUUUUGCUGCCGUCGGGCGAGCAACCGACCACGACGCCUACGCAGACAUCCAAAUUUUCAAAAUUUCGACAAAAGAAGGAUAACGGAAAGCCUAGAGUCAUCUCUCCGCUCGAUCUAGCGUCUCCGAGCAAGACUUCACCGAACCGUCAUUCUACUCUGAGUGAAGGCCAAGAGAACAAUGGUGCUGAGCAAAGCUAUCCCAGUCCUGUAGGCUCUGGAAUAUGGAAUCUAUCUUCCAAGCCGCUUCCAUCGUCCCCGUCUCGUACCGAGCGAGAUAAUCGCGACUCGAAUCAAACGUACCAGACGACGCUAACGCUUCCCUCAACUUCUGGGUCUUCGCGUGCUGGUACCGACCACACCCCAAGUCCUCCACUGUCUCCUUCUCCAACGACUUCUUCGGCCAGUGGAUCGGCAAACUAUGCACAUACGCCGUCAGGAAGCAUCUACACCCGGGACGCAGAGUAUGUGGGGCCUAGCAGAGGGAAAUCCGUCGUUCCGCCAACGCUAUUUCUAAACUUGACGACUACUACGAUGCAAAAGGAUGAGCGCGGUCGUCCAUUGCUCAAGAUCAACACGUCGAUGCCAAGAGUGGGAAGCGGCGUCAGAUACAGGCGGACAGAGUCGCGGUAUGAACAUGCCGACUUGCCUGCCGAGUCCGAGUCCGAGUCCAGUGCCGAUCCUCGGAGCGAAGGAACCGCUCGGCAAGCCGUCAACGAGAGGAUCCAACAUCUUUUGGUCACCUCACCCUCCGCCGAGACGGUUGACCCGUCAUCGACUCCAACUCCGUCUCGCUUCUCGUUUCUUUCCACUCGCGCCUCGGUGUCACGACCUACAUCUACAUCCCAAUCCCGAUCUCCUUUCACACCAUCCCCCAUCUACGCAUUCUACGCUCCAUCCUCCGUCCUCUCAUCACCGCCCGAAACGAAAAGACACGCAGAAGAAAAAUACGAUCCAACGUCUGAUCGACCACCCCCGCCUCCGACUAAAGGACUCCCUCCGUUUAAAAUUCUGUCAGAUGAAGAUUUGCUUGACCUACUUGGUGAAGAGCGAAUCCGUGUGCUCGGCGCUGGCCGCAAAGUCGAAACAGGAUGGAAGAAGAUUGACCGAUCUCGGUUACGAAGCACGACUCUACGAAAGUUGCCCAAGGGCAAAUACAUUCGUCUGAUUACACUUCCUCCCCUGGACAACGAUAAGAUGGAGAGUUAUCUCAAUUCUUUGCCUCGAGACGAUGUCAAGGGUAUCAUGCCCGUCAUCCAGAUAGAGGAUGAUGAACUGGCAGAGGAAGUGGCCGAAAGCGGAACCUCUUUGUAUACUCCGACAGUCUACAUGACGGAGAUCGUCGCCAGUCAAUACGACUUACCGGUUGCUUGCAUGAUGUGGCCGCCACCUUUGCCAGCAUCUCCGCUGUCGCGGACGUUCAGCCGGCCAGUCUCCUCCGUAUCCGCUACGUCCGGAUCAGGGCAUUUGCCCAUCCACUCUCUUCCAGCACAGGCGUACCAGCUUCCACUUCCACAUCUUACGCGCGUCCAGAAGAAUGCGCUUCAAUCCGCCAAGCUUCUGGUGUACGCCGUGCCGCGAGAAUACAUCGGUCCAGUACCACCGCCAGAGUUGGAGUAUGUCCAGGAAGAGGUUUUGGCGCCAUGGGCAAGCGCUCCAAUCAACACUGCUUCGACUCUUGUCGGAGAAAGUGGCUUGCCUACCACUCCAAGGACCCCAGGCUUUGGCGCCUCUGCGCUGAGCCCCAGAUGGCCCGAGGGUAUGUGGAAUUCCAGAAAUGCGGAAUCGUCAAAGCGAUCGAGUGGCGCAUCCCAAAUCAGUAUGACCACGACCGCGCCUCGCAAGUCGGGAGACUCGAAUGGAGAAGAGGGCGUACCGCAAACGGCGACGUGGUCGUCUGGGUUUAGUGCACUCCGUGCGCGUGCUCAUGGAUAUUAUGCGGCUAAAGCAGCCAAUUCGUCUACUCCAGCGACACCAUCGAUAGCUCAAUCUGCAUCGGAUCCAUCGAGCCUCUCUGCACAAGCAACAUCUCCGUUGGCUCCACCAUCUACGGCUCCUAUUGCACCUUCACGGAGCUUUAGCUCAUUCUUCUCUCGUUCGAAUACUGCCAAUACAUCGGCCUCGGGUACAUCCGACUCUGGCUAUGGCUCGUCCACGGCAGAUUCGGAGCAGGGUCAUGGUGCGCAGGAGACUACAAAGCUGGAGGUGAAGCUUGCGUCGAGUCCGAUAGAGAGUGCGGAGACACCGACGACUGCGUCGUCGACUCCCAACACGGGUAGGAGUUGGCGUUCGUGGGGAGCUCGGUGGGGCACCAAUGCAUAG